AUGGAGGACGAAGAUACUCAAAAUACCCGAUUCUACCGAUUAUGGUCGCUCCAGGAGGCAUACAUUAAGGCGGUGGGCAUUGGUCUGGGCUUCUUGAUGUUACGAGCCGAAUUUAUUCGAAGGGAUUCGGCCCGACGAGAGCUCAUUUUGGAUGGUCAGCGUUUUAUUGACUGGCAUUUCAAGUGUACACAGUUUAAUUCGAUGCAUCUCGUGAGUGUUGCGUACGGGCCCUAUUCGGCGAUGUGGAUGCCCGCGACUAGCAAGACAGGAUACGAGUAA